AUACAGGAAGGUCGCAGCAGAAAAGGGGACGUAAUCGGCGUAGCCCGUGUCGCUGGUAUCCUCGCGGCAAAGAAGACGUCUGAGAUCAUUCCGCUCUGCCAUCCUAUUUUUAUCAGCAGCGUAGAUAUUGAGUUUGAAUUCUUCGGGAAUGGGCGCCCCAGCCAGUCAGGAAUCGACAUAACUGCGACGAUCAAGAGCGUAGGCAAGUCCGGCCUGGAAAUGGAAGCAAUGUUGGCGGCAUCUGUGGCAGGGCUGACGGUGUACGACAUGGCGAAAGCGGUCGACAAAGGGAUGCGAAUGGAGGAAGUACGAUUAAUAAGUAAAACGGGCGGUAAGGGACCGGAUUUC